AUGGAAAGGCUCAAGCAAGUUUUUCUCAAAAAAUUUACACAAAGAAGCAGAGCAAACCUGGAUGUUUUGAUUAGUUUUGUGAAAAGUUCAGUGUCGAAAGUGCGUGCUUCUUAUUCAGAGAACAUCAAUCUCGCUGAUAAGGAACUCGUGAAAUUGAUAUCAGUGGAUGCUGCUUUCGUCGUCAAACUUUUCAGCCCUCUGCGUUAUAAGACAGAUAUGGUUGAUGAUGUACUGUCACAUCCAUCAAUUGGAUAUCUACAUCUAGAUUUAAUUUUAUUUGAGAAUCAACUACCAUUAUUUGUUUUUGAAGAGCUAUUCAAUAUAGCAUUUCCCCCUAACCUUCGUGAUGAUGGAAUCACUUUUUCUGAGCUUGCUUAUCGGUUCUUUAGUGAAGCAUUCGACCUUGAAAAGCCAAAGCAUGAUCUUGAUAAUUGCAGAGGAGUUGCAAGAAUUUGGAGUAAAAAGUUGAAGGCCAGCAAAAGCAAGAGCCCAUUAGACAUCAAGUUUUCAGGCCAUGUUCUGGAGCUUCCACAGAUUUUGGUGAUGGAUCUCGUGACUGAAGCUUUGUUCUUUAAUAUGAUUGCUUUUGAACAGAUCCAUUGUCCUUUUACCUCUUACAUUACUAGCUAUGCUCUUGUAUGGAGUCGCCUCAUCAACACAAAGGAAGAUGUGGAUGUCCUGGUUGAUAAUAAAAUAGUCCGCAGCUUCAUUACUAAUACUGAGGUUGUUCUGUUGUUUAGAAUGAUGGAAAAGAAUGAAGGUGUAGCAACGCUGAUUACUUAA